AUGAAAAUGAUGAGUGAUGAUAAAAUUGAAAGUUCUCAGGCGGGUAGCCCCACAGUGGAGCCAAUCAUCAUUACAGUCAACAAAGGUGGCCUCUUGGCCUCAGAUGCUACAAGAGGGGUAGGGUCUCAGACCCAACAGAGCUCUGAGUGGCUGAAAGCCUUCCAACGACUUGAAGAACUUGCCUCCGGUCUGGAGGAAUUCGUCCAGCCCAGGUCGAAUGUCCACAAGGAAAUCAAGUCCAAAGUGACUUCUUUGUGCAGCGUAGUCAGGAGACUCAAGGUCUUGGAAAGGCAGAGCGUCAGCAUCCAAAUCCAACCAUCCGAGAAAUCGCCGCGCAUGCGAUUGGACUCGGAGACGACGACUAAAGACUCAGAGAUAGAAGAUUCAGAUGUCGGGAGGGGCGACCGCGACAUCCGCAAGGCGCUCAGGAGAAAGCGGUCGAAGGACUCGCCGGGGAUGACCGAGCAAACUCUGAAGAAGCACAAGAAGCAGUCGCCUCCCAAACAGGAUGACCGAUCCGCCAAAGAGCCUAUAAAACAGGACUGGACAAGGGUCGAGCACAAGAAAGGGAGGAAGAAAGAGGAGAAGAUCGAGAAGAAGAAGAGCGACCUGCCCAAGAAGCCACCUCACAGGAAGAGGAAAAAGAAAAAAUAG